AUAUAUAUAUAUGUAUGUAUGUAUGUAUAUAUAUGUAUAUGUAUAUAUAUAGGUAAGGGACCAAGUCUAACGCAGUUUGGCAUAUCUAUUACCAACCCAGUUAUCCAAUAGAUGAAGAAGUUAAUAAGUUUGAAGAAGCAUCAAGAAUGAGAAACUGUCGCCAGUUUGGCAUAUAUAUAUAUAGGAAGAUGACUAAUGUACGGACGACGCUGGUGUUUAUGGCGGCAGCAGCUGUCGCCGGUUGCUUUAUCGCCUACAAUUUUGUGUAUCCUCCUGGAUUUCUUUAUGAUGGCUUGGCACCACGCCUCCCCUCCUGCAGAAACACAAUCCCUCCACCUCAGCAGGGCAACCAACUGGAGGAUAAUAUGGAUCCAUUGGAUAAAAUUCUGAAAAAUGCAUGCAUGAAGAACAAAACAGUUAUAAUAACUACGUUAAAUGAUGCAUGGGCAGAACCCAAUUCAAUAUUUGAUCUCUUUCUUGAAAGCUUUAACAUCGGAAGUAACACGAAAUGGCUGCUCAAGCAUUUGCUAGUCAUCUGCGUGGACCAAACAGCAUAUGCUCGUUGUUUAGUGAUACACCCUCAUUGUUACCUACUUUAUACUCAAGGUGCCAACUUUACCGGCGAGGUAUUUUAUCUAACCCCCGAUUACUUACAAAUGAUGUGGAGAAGAACCCAGAUUUUGUCUUCCAUUCUCGACAAAGGCUACAACUUUAUCUUUACGGAUACCGAUAUAAUGUGGCUUCGAGAUCCAUUCCCACAAUUCUAUCCCGAUGCAGAUUUUCAAAUUGCAGCUGAUAAAUUCAUGGGUGAUUCUUAUAGUUUUAAAAAUGCUCCCAAUUGUGGAUUUGUCAAUGUAAAAUCCAAUGAUCGGACUAUUGGGUUUUACAAAUUUUGGUACCUCUCCAAAUACACGUAUCCAAAAACGAAUGAACAAGAAGUGCUUAAUAGGAUUAAAUUUGAUCCUUUCAUUGGCAAGAUUGGAUUGAAAGUGAGAUUCUUGGAUACAAAAUACUUUGGUGGAUUCUGUGAGCCAAGUGAGGACCUUAACCAAGUUUGCACAAUGCAUGCUAAUUGUUGUAUUGGUCUUGAAAACAAAGUGAACGAUCUUAGAGCUUUGCUUCAAGUUUGGAAAAAAUACAUGUCAUCGCCUCAUAAUGCUACUGGCACAUCACAAGCUGUGUGGACCGUCCCACAAAAUUGCAGCACUUCCUUCCAACGCCGUUGGAAGCAUAGUAACCAGACUAGGGAGUGAAACUAUAAAAAGAUUAUUCCAAUCUGUGGAGCUUUCUAAACAUUUAAUUGCAGGUAGAAGAAAAAGAGGCUUAAAUUCAACGAUGAAAAUUCCUCCCUGGCAAUCAAAUAUAUUUCAUCUUGCUCGUGAAAUACUAUUACAAAACUUAUAUCUUGCUCGUUACAUUAUUACAAAACUUAUUUUGCAACUGUUUUGCUUUUUCCAAGUUAUCUAAAGUGAAUUAGUGAAAGGAAUAUGCCACCAUUAAUUUAUGGA